UGGAAACUAAGAUCGACCGGUUACUAUAGAGACGCCCGCGCCUAAAGGCUGGCCAAUGCGGGUCGGCGGAGAGGCGGAGCUCGUGCCGUCAAGACCGGCUGUGGGAGAAGCUCCAAGAUGGCGGCAAUGUAAACAAGGUCCAGCGGGAUGUGGAGUGGUCUGCUACCUCCUGGUGUGAAUGAAGAUGAUGUUGCCAUAAGUUCAGAAGAUGAAGAAACAGUGUCUCUUCCUGAGAGUAUCUUAAAUGAAAAACAAGAAGAAAGGGAAUUCCUAGACAAACAGACUUGUGAUCAUGAAGAAAACAAUAUGGCUGAAAACCAACUUCCUUCUGCAGAAGAACAGGAAUGUCUGGCAUGUCUUCCUGGAGUUCCCUUAGAUAUGUGGAAUAAAUUUCAGAACCUAAAAAAGAAAAACCUUGAAAUGAAAAAUCAAGAAAAAUGUCAAAGAGAUAAACGCCAAAAGAGAAAACGUUCUCAAAAAGGUAAAAUGAAAAGCAGUGAAGAAAUAACUGACAGCCAAGAGUCUGUAAAGGAAAGACACUUCAAAGAGCUCACUCAAUAUUUUGGAAUCAAUGAUAGAUUUAAACCACUGGCAAGCAAGGAAACUACUCAAAAGUCUGGCCUUGAAAUCAGUAUAGACAAAUGUGUAGCUGAAGGUAAUAUUGUCCAAGCUGAGGAAUUAAGUGAUAGAUUAGCUACUCGAGAGAUUCCCAAGAAGCAAAAAUCCUCCCAAAGUGAGAAGGGAGGGGACUACACCCCCACCGACCCAUAGACGGAAGCAGUGAAUUAAACUCUUACAGGGAACAAAAAUAUAUUGAAAUGAGGUUAAAAAUAUUACAGUCUGGAUAAAUUUGAAAACUAAGAAAAUUGUUAAAAUUCCAUACCUGAAAAAGUAAUGAUGAAAUUAUAAAUAAUAAUAAUAAUAACAACUCUUCCCUUUAAAAGCUGGAAAAUGAACAGCUACUGAUACCUAUAGUUGCAGUGACUCAGAAUUUGGCAAGCCCAGAAAUAAGCAAAAAACAGCUGGGAACAAAGCAUUGAGCUAUCUACUACAGAGUAAAAUUAUAUAUGUUUAGAAACUGUUGACUUUCUGGGAUUAUAAAUACACUGAGCUGCAUUUUUAAGUUUAAGAACUGUUUGCAGAGAAAGAAAAACCUUGGCCUUUGGUUAAUCUUCUGAAGGGAAAGUUAUUGGAAAGCUUUUAGGUGGUUAAACACUUUGGACUGAAAUCUUGGCUGGCUGAUAAUUAUAAAACCCCUGAAAAGAAGAACUAUUACAAAAUAGUGUUUUCAGUGGUGCUUUGAUAAUUGGAAACAUAUUGGAUUACAAAAACCAUAUAUAAAGAUAAGAACUAUACAAGAAUUGGUUGUUUGGAUUUAAGAUGGGCUGGCUUGAUAAAGCUAAUUAAAGAGACUAUGGUACCAAUGAAAAACUACUUAGAGGAGGAAGACAAAAUGGAUGUUGUAUAUUUAUCUAAAAGUGAUAGAAAAUCACACCUAAUACCUCCUGCUGAAGACCCCAGCAUGGAACAUCAGAGAUCUGCAGGAAAAAUGACUCAAGAUAAAGCAAAUACAUUCCAGGAGAAAAUAUAUGCAAUGCUGCAACAGAUUCAAAUGACAAUUGUCUUAAAUCAUGAUGGAAUUAAAAACAACUUUGAUAACAAAAAUGAACACAUCUCUAACCUAAAGUCACAACUAAACAACACUCAAAAAAUGAUGAUAAAGAAUGAACAAAUAAAUCAGACAAUAGAUACAAAUCAGAGGAAAAUAACUUAAAUAUGGAAGCUACAAAUGAAGAGAACUACAACUUAAUACAAACAAAAGAAAAUCCACAAAAUUAUGCUAGAACAAAGGAAAUAAAAAAGAUGUUUUACCUUCCAGGUAAACAAACAAAACAAACUUGAGGACAAAAAAGAUUUAAUAAAAUGAAUUAAAGAGCUGCCAGGAGAAUCAUUAAAGCGUGGGAGACAAAAACCGAAUAUUCUACUUAAUUUGUUUUUUUUUUAAUCUACAAAAAUACAACCUGUCAAGCUAAACCUACUGAUUUGGAAAGCGACCUGGCAAAAGAAGAUUAGAAUUAGAUUUAAGAGAUGUGAUUCAACUUACCAAAUGGAAUACUAUAUGAUUAAAUACUUGUUUGAAUAUGGUUAAAAAAUAUAAAGUUUGGCUAUAAAGAGGUCGUAUAGUAAGAUUGUUAGAUGGUGUACUAUAUGAUUAAAUAAUUGGUUGAACAUUGUUAAAAGAAUAGACAAAGCUUGGACAUAAACGGGCCUUAUAGUAAGUGGGAUAAGAUAUAUAAGUAGUAUAAUACUUUUAUAAUAUAUGAAAUGUACAAAUAUUGAGAUGGUGUAAUUGAAUAAAAAGUUUGGAUAUU